AUGGAGCCCAACACCACGGUCACCGCGGGGCUCACAGCCACACCCGAGCCACUGCUCCGACUCGUCUUCGCCGGGGUCUGCGGCCUCAUCCUGCUGGUGGGGCUGCUGGCCAACGGGCUCAUGCUGCUGGUGGUGGGCCGGGGCCCUGGCGCCCCCUGCCCGCUCCUUGCCCUGACGGACAGCCUCAUGGUGAACAUCACGCUGUCCGACCUGCUCUUCCUGGCCUGCGUGGUGCCGGUGCUUCUGCUGAGCUUCCUGAGGCGCGACUGGUGGCUGGGCCCAGCGGUCUGCACCAUCAGCCAGGCCACCAACAAUGCCACCAUGUUCUGCACCUUCUACAGCAUGGUGGCCACGGCUCUUCUGCGCCAUGUGGCAGUGGCCCGGCCUGAUGCGGCCCUCCCGUCCAGCCGGGGUGCCUGCCUGCUUCUCUGUGGGGCCAUGUGGGUCCUGGGCCUCACUGCGUCGUUGCCCAACUGGCUGUUCCAGCGAGUCGUGCUGGAGGAGGAGGCAGUGGGCGCGCGGGCCUGCCUCCUGCUCCUGAGCCCCACUCGGACCUCCUGCUACUUCACGCUCCUGGGAGCCCUGGCCUUCCUGCCAUGCAUGCUGGGGCUGGGCUGCUCUUUCAGCCACGUGGGCUGGCUCCUGUGGACACAGCCCCGUGGCCCCAUGGGGGAGAGCAUCCGGGAGCACCAGGAGAACACGGGGCUCAUCCUUAUAGUGCUGGUGGUCUUCGUGCUGAUGUGGGGGCCCUGCUCCGUGCUGGGCUAUGUAGCAGCCGUGAGGGGCCUGCCUGCCACAACGACGGCUUUCGUGGCAUCCAGCCUCUGCACCAUCCUGGCCUACUCCAAUUGUACCGUCAGCCCCAUCCUCUGCUUCUACCUCUCCCGCCCCUUCCGGGCAGGGCUCAGGGACCUCUUCUGCAGGCAGAUGGCAGCCAGGCACCCCAGGGGCAUGGGAGGGGCUGGUAUGGUGAUGGAGAGCAUCCAGCCAGGCCAUGAUAGGGCCCGGGGAGACGGGUGGGGUCUGGCAGGGGUCUGA